UUUGAUGUUGUUUUUAAAACUUGUGUGGCAACUGGUUUGAACUCCUGGAUGUGUCGACAGCAAUGCUGACAGCAUUGAUGCUCAUCGUUCCCAUCACAGCCAUCCGGUCAUCCGACGAGGAGCUGUCUUACGGUUCCUGUGAGCACUUGACCUUUUCAGCUUAUGGAACCGCUGAGUGGACGGGAUGGUUGAAAGGUGCGAGGGGUGGGAAAGCAACGGAGCCUUGGAGAGUGAAAAUUAUGGAGAUGAACGUUCAGGGGUGCAUUUUCAACAUGUAAAAACGGCAAGUUUCCUAACAAAUUAGGAACCAAAGUGAUUCAUGCGACGGCGGGGGGCAGCUUCCUUGAAGAAGCGUGAACUAUCCUGCGUCCAGUUGCUACGAGCGUCCAGAUCUAAUAGUUACGUAGUGUUUCCUCUUUAGCGGCCCCCUGACCUUAGAAACAUGAUUUAUUUUUUUUGCAAUUUGAGUCGAGCAAAUGAGUUAGAGACCGUCCUGGGGCGGAAGGUCAUUGUGAUUUGGAGAAGUGUUACAAUCACAGGGUCAUAGGUUUUUGUGCUUUGGAAGAAAACAAGGUUCUAAAAAUUCUGUGCAGCUCUGAUUUUGGUGUUGGCAGGUUGAGCCGCAGAAGACCCUGACAACAACUUGGGACAGGUUCCAAGAUUCACCGCAACCUGCGUGAGGAAAUGACGUGGGAAUCGUGCGAGAACUUGCCCAAGAGGACGUCCUGUGAAUUCGCGUACACCUAUGAUGGCAAGCACUUCGUCCCAUGCUUCUGGUGGAAUGACCUGCUGAAAAGUGAAAACUCCCUAGAGCCUGCGCCCGACCUUGCGCGCUGCGUGGCCUCAAAGCCGCCACUUCCGGCCAUCGAGUGGGAGCUCUGCAGCUUUCGUUCAGAACGUGCCAAGGACGGAAGUGAGCAGGUAUGGAAAAUCAGAAGCAGCAGCAGCAGCAGCAGCAGCAGCAGAAGAAGAAGAAGAAGAAGAAGUCGAAGUCACCAAUUGGAAGGCAAAGGAUGUCACCAACGAGAAACACGAGGUGAAUGUGCGUGCCGGCUUGGAAGAGAAGUGUGUGAGCUCCCUUUGCACCUACGCCACUACUGGAAAAUGGCGAGGCUUCACAAAGGCUGCCCAGGCGGAAGGCAAGAUGAAACCAUGGAAGAAGACCCACGACUCGAUGAUGUCCUGGGGAUGGCAGAAGGCCAUGGAAAAGGAAUGCAUGUUCGAGAUGGGUGGCAUCCGAUUAUCCAAAGAGGAGGUCCUUCAGAAGAUCCUCACACCGAAGGAUACCUUCAACAAGAAGGUCUGCAACUGCGCUUCGGAAGAUAGCUGCCCCUAGUUAUCCGAAAGAAUUCCCAAGGGCAGAAGGAAAAAGGA